UACUUAGACCACCGGCGACAUCGAAAACAGAAGCGCGCUAUUUAUCUGUAGAAAUUGGUUUAAUUUUUUCCUAAAUUAUCCGCGAAAAGCAGCCAAAAGUGAACUAAAAUUGUGUGCAAUCGACGUGAAAUCACCCGACGGAAAUGACGUCCAUCAUUAAACUGCACGCCAUUUCCGGCGCAAUGGAUGAAUCGCCACCGUGUUACAUUCUGCAAGUGGACGAGGUGCGUUUCCUGCUGGACUGCGGAUGGGACGAGAAGUUCGAUCCGAACUUCAUCAAGGAGCUGAAAAAGUAUGUCCACACGAUAGACGCCGUGCUGCUGUCCUAUCCGGAUGGGCUCCAUCUUGGUGCCCUUCCGUAUCUGGUCGGCAAGCUGGGUCUGAACUGCCCGAUUUACGCAACGAUUCCAGUGUACAAGAUGGGUCAAAUGUUUAUGUACGAUCUGUUCAUGUCCCACUACAAUAUGUACGACUUCGAUCUGUUCACGCUGGAUGACGUGGAUGCGGCAUUCGAUCGGAUCAUUCAGCUCAAGUAUAACCAGAGCGUUUCUCUGAAAGGAAAGGGAUAUGGCAUAACCAUCACCCCAUUGCCAGCUGGGCACUUGAUUGGAGGCACCAUUUGGAAGGUGAUGAAGGUCGGCGAGGAGGACAUUGUGUAUGCAACUGAUUUCAAUCACAAGAAGGAACGACAUCUGAACGGUUGUGAGCUGGAGAAGUUACAACGACCCUCACUGUUGAUUACCGAUGCCUAUAAUGCAAAGUAUCAGCAAGCACGGCGCAGGGCUCGCGAUGAGAAGUUCAUGACGAAUAUUCUACAAACUUUGAGAAACAACGGAAAUGUUCUGGUGACCGUCGACACGGCUGGACGAGUUCUAGAGUUGGCACACAUGCUGGAUCAGCUGUGGAAGAACAAAGAGUCUGGUUUGAUGGCAUAUUCGCUGGCGUUGCUGAAUAAUGUAAGCUACAACGUUGUUGAAUUCGCAAAAAGCCAAAUUGAGUGGAUGAGCGACAAGCUGAUGAAGAGUUUCGAAGGCGCACGAAAUAAUCCAUUCCAAUUCAAGCAUCUGCGGUUGUGUCACACCAUGGCCGAGUUGGCCAAAGUUCCGAGUCCGAAGGUUGUCUUGGCAAGUUCUGCAGAUAUGGAGAGUGGAUUCUCGAGAGAACUCUUUGUUCAAUGGGCAAGUAAUGUGAACAACAGCAUCAUCAUAACCUGCAGAUCCUCGCCCGGUACGUUGGCCAGAGAUCUGAUUGAGAAUGGCGGCAAUGGGCGUAAGAUAGAACUGGAUGUGAGAAGACGUGUUGAGUUGGAGGGAGCCGAACUGGAGGAAUACAUGCGAACGGAAGGGGAGAAACACAACCGGUCGAUCAUCAAAAGCGAUAUGGACCUGGACAGCAGUUCCGAUUCCGAUGACGAGCUAGAAAUGAGCGUCAUCACGGGGAAACACGACAUAGUUGUACGCCCGGAAGGGCGUUCUCAUACCGGAUUCUUCAAAUCAAGCAAAAAGCAGUAUGCAAUGUUUCCGUUCCACGAGGAAAAAAUUAAAUUUGACGAAUAUGGGGAAAUAAUCCAACCGGAUGACUACAAGAUGAUCGAUUUGGGUCCAGACGGUGGCUUCGAAGAUAACAAAGAAAAUCAAAUCAAACCCGAGGACAUCAAAAAGGAAAAGGACGAAGAACUGUCGGUUUUAGAUAAACCUACGAAAUGUAUCAGCAGCCGUAAGUUGGUGGAAGUCAACGCUCAGGUGCAGUUUAUCGAUUUUGAGGGCCGUUCGGAUGGGGAGUCUAUGUUGAAAAUCUUAUCGCAACUUCGUCCUCGUCGAGUUGUGGUGAUACGCGGAUCGCCUCAAAAUACCGCCCAUAUUGCAGAACAUUGUCAGCUGAACAUUGGCGCCAGAGUGUUCACCCCAAAUCGAGGUGAGAUAAUUGAUGCUACCACCGAGACUCACAUCUAUCAGGUGCGGCUGACGGAGGCGUUGAUUUCUCAGUUGGAGUUCCAAAAGGGCAAGGACGCGGAAGUGGCUUGGAUUGAUGCGCAGAUUGUUAUUCGUAACAAGCAGUUCAGUGCACAAGGGGCGGAAGAUGAGAUUACUGGUCCCCUGAGUGGUAUGACGAACAAUGCAACCACGAACAACGCAAUUGCCGCUGCUACAGCAGCUGCUUCGGAUACGCCGAUGGAUGUCGAUCAGGUUGAGGGUAACGAUGACAAAAGCGAUCGACAGAUUUUGACGCUUGAACCAAUGAAGAACGAUGAAUUGCCGGCACACCAUUCGGUGUUCAUCAACGAGCUCAAGCUGAUCGACUUCAAGCAGGUUCUCAUGAAGGCCAAUAUCAGCUCAGAGUUUUCGGGUGGUGUCCUUUGGUGUAACAACGGAACGGUAGCUUUGCGACGAGUGGAUACGGGCAAGGUUACGGUCGAAGGAUGUUUGUCAGAGGAAUACUAUAAAAUUCGAGAACUAUUGUACGAACAGUAUGCUAUUGUUUAAUGAUGAAUAAUAAAUAAAAUAUUCAUAAACAGUAGAUCCAUUAUUUUUUAA